AUAACCCUCAAAUUCUCUCCUCCAAGAAGGGCCCUACCUGCCACAAGCACAGCUGCUGUGCGUCCAGACCCGGCGCUGAUCUGUGGCGCGACGUUGAGCAUCUCCGCACCGCAUUAGAGGAGGAGCGCAGUCGUAACCAGCAGGCUCACCGUCGCUUCUCCUUGGAGCUCCGGAGGCAACGGGAGGAGGCGCGAGAGGAGCGAGAGCAUGCGCUGAGGGAGUUGACGUACAGACACGAGCAGCAGAGGGCGCUGGAGCUGCUGCAGCAGAGAAAGACGCUGGGCCGAGAGCGCACGGCAGAGGUUCGGCGUCUGCUGCGCUGGCAGGGUCAGGAGAGGCAACGUGCCGUGAGCUCAACGCUUAAGCAGACCCAAGAACUUCACCGUCAUCUAGCCGAGGAGAUUGCUGGGAUCAGUAAAUCUGGUAUCCAAAGAAAACAGGGUAGUCGCAGGGUGUCCAUGAGCGAGCCUGGAUGUAAAGGCAACAGCGCGACGUACCGUAAACUCGAGGAGCUGUUAAAGUCGCUGCUUGCACGGGCCGAUGGCGAGCAGGUCGCUUUGCUUCAACGGCUCCAACAGGAAGUGGACCUAGAGAAGAGCUACUUCCUGUGCCACCUACUGGAAGCCCACAGGCGCCCUUCCCAGGUGGAAACGGAACCAAAUGAAGAACGCAAAGGGUGCAUUGUAAAUCUGAUGAGGCCGAGGUCAAAGAGUUGCGUGCAACUGCUGAGCGACAACAUCUCGCAAGGCCAAGACCACUUGGAAUCUUCUAGGACAGGGAAGCUUGCUCUAUAUCGCUCUCAAUCACUGUCCCAGACACCCCAAAGUGUCUCUCCACUGCUUAUGAAGAAGAAGAAGAAGGAGCAGGCCUUUGAAACACCUCCUUUCAGCUCCUCUCCAGAAGAGGAAGAGGUGUCCAAGGGGGAUCUUUUUGGAGACUUACCUCAGGCAUGCUCACCUGAGAAAUGGGACCAUCAGCGUUCUAGCACGUCGGAGACCACAUCUCAAGAGAAGUGCUCACCGUCCAGAUGUCCAGAGGACAAUAUGGAGGAUCUGAAUGGCAGGGAUUACGGGUUCCUUGUGCAGCAGAACUCUGAGCUGCUGCGAGCGCUGGAGGAGACGGAGAAAACAUGCGCCGCUCUCAGAGAGGAGAACGGGAUACUGCGGAAGAGCAGUUCUCCAGAAACGGAGGAGAAGGUGAAGAGAUUGAGGAAGAAGAACACUGAACUCGCAGUCAUCGCGAAACGACUGGAGGAGAGAGCGCGGAAACUGCAGGAGGCCAACCUGAAAGUGGUAAAUUCGCCCAUGCCCAUGAAAGCGGGUGCCGUGGAGCAGUACAAGCGAGCGUUUGCCCGUCAGAGAGCGAGAGAUCUGGCGCAGCACGCAUGCACGCUGCUGUCUAAAGACAAACAGAUCGUUGCGCUGCAGACCGAGUGCAGACAACUCGAAUCACGACUGGGACAGGGGAAGGGUCCUGUAGGAGUGAGUGAGUUUGAGCGUCUGUUGAAGGAGUCACAGAAGGAGGUGCUGCGUCUGCAGAGACAGCUGUCUGUCACCUCUGUCAGAGAUCAGAGCAGUGCGACAGCAGAGACCCCUGCAGACAGACAGACGAGGGGUGCAUUUGAAGCCCCACCCACAGUAGUAGAUGAAGCCCCUGUUAAGGGGGAGGAGACUCUUGGAGAGGGGGUGGAGUCAGAGACACAAGUGAAGCCUGAUCCGGGCACAAGCCCCACCCACCAGCUAGAGCAGACCACUGAAGAACGUCUACAUUUGCUGGAAAGUGAGCUGGGCAAGAAGAGGAAAGAAUGUGAAUCUCUUGAGCAUGAAGUGAGAAAGAGACAGAAACGAUGUCUCGAUUUAGAGAGUCAGCUAGUGGAGGAGUGCAGCAGAAAUGAGCGUUUAGUGGAGGAGGCAGAACUCCUCAGGAGGAGAGCUCAGCUGCUUCAACAGUCUCCGAAUGAAAAUGACGAGCUAAAGCAACAGCUCUCAGAUUUGAGCGCUCAGCAUACUUCAGUUCUGGAGGAGAACCAGCAACUGCGAGCAAAGCUGGAGAACCUAGAGCAGGUCCUGAAGCACAUGCGAGAGGUGGCCGAGCGCAGGCAGCAGCUGGAAUUGGAGCAUGAACAGGCACUGGCGAUCCUCAAGUUCAAACAUGAUGAGAUCAAACGACUGCAGCGGGCUCAGUUAUUUGCUAAGAGAGAACAUGAAGGUGUCGUGCAAAUGCUGGAGAAUUCACUGGACUGCAUGCAGGCAAAAGUUCAGGAGCUUGAGGACAAAUGCCGCAGCCAGAGCGAGCAGUUCGGUUUGCUCUCACAGGAGCUGGAUAAAUUCCGGGUUCAGGCGUCAAAGAUUGACCUGUCGGGACCCGAAUUGCUGUCCAGCGCCAGUUUGACCCAGCUGACCAAUGGCUUGCCCGGUGAGACUGAUGUGGCUGCAGACUUGCGUUCAGGCUCAACUCCACAUGCAGCUGAACUGUCUCGUCCUGAGCGCUCACCGACCACCAGACACCGUGAGCUGCCCACCAUCAGUUUGAAGUCUGGCUCCUCCUCCAGCCCCACACCACCCAGAUCUGAGACAACGCACCUGUCCCCCAAAUCUGCAGCAUCUCACCCGGCCAGCCCCCGAAAGGCCAGCCCGACACAUGAGGUGGACACAGCUAGUGAAGUUGACGAACUGGAUAUUGAUGUUUCUCCAGUGCCGUAUGUGAGUAAACGAGCCGCUAAACUCCAGGUGUUCAUCGCACGUUACAGUUACAACCCUUAUGAUGGCCCUAAUGAUAACCCUGAAGUGGAGUUACCGCUCACAGCAGGAGAGUAUAUUUACAUCAAUGGAGACAUGGAUGAUGAUGGCUUCUAUGAGGGUGAACUGAUGGACGGGCGGAGAGGCCUUGUUCCCUCUAACUUUGUGGAACGUGUUUCAGACGAUGACUUCAUGAGCAGCCAUGCUCAUCAGGCUGGCGAAAUAUCCCAUAAUUCCUUCCAGGAGAGCAGUUUUCACAGUGGUAGCGAGCGGUUACACCAUCACCACCACCUGCGCUUUGCCCACAGCGCCUCAGAGAGGACAGAGACUUCCACGACAGCAUCAGCUCCCGGUGACAUCGCCAAAGCUAAUGCCCCCCUCACUAAUGGCUUGGAUCUGGAUGUAGAAGAAGUGGGGGUGGACACCGUGCCUUACCCCCGCAAGCUAACACUAAUCAAACAGCUCGCCAAGAGUAUCAUCAUCGGCUGGGAGGCGCCGCUUGUACCGGUGGGCUGGGGUUCCGUGUUUAGCUAUAAUGUCUACGUGGACUUCGAGCUGCGACUCAAUGUGCCAUUUGGCACUCAAACUAAGGCUGUUUUGGAGAGGCUGGACUUGGUGCAGAAGGCAUAUCGGAUAGCAGUUCAGAGCUUGACGGAGCACGGGAACUCAGAUCAGUUGCGUUGCAGUAUGCUCGUUGGGCGAGACGUAUGCCUGGCGCCGACACAUCUGCGCGUUGAACGCAUAACGGCUACCUCGGCCAGCCUGACCUGGCUGCCUAGCAACAGUAACUAUGUGCACAUUGUGUCUUUGAACGACGAGGAGUGCGAGCUGGUAAAGGCGGGAUGCUUUUCACUGUGCCUCAGUAACCUCACGCCCAACCUGCAUUACCGCGUUAAAGUGGAGGCCCGGACGCACCGCACAGCCUGGGAACUUCCACCCGAGUGCCGAGAACGCAAAACCGCCGUGACCUCUUUCACAACCCUGACUGCAGGUCCUCCUGACGCACCUCUGGAUGUGCAGUUGGAGUGGGGUCCGUCUCCAGGGAUCGCUCAGAUUAGCUGGCUGCCCGUUACCAUAGAUGCUGCCGGGACGUCCAAUGGAGUCCGAGUCACUGGCUACACCAUCUAUGCUGACAAGAAGAAGGUAUUAGAGGUGUCAUCCCCCACAGCAGGCAGCGCUCUGAUUGGUCCAUCUCAGAUCCAGACGUUACAGGCAGCCCAUGAGCUCACCGUACGCACCAUGUCACCAUUUGGUGAGUCGGUGGAUUCUUUACCUGUGAAUGUUCCCGCAAAACUGCCUGCCAUCAUGUCAGGUGGCCCUCUGCCUCAAUACCAGUCUGUGCCAGCGACCGCCAGUGUCCUCGCUGCCGGUGUCAACCCUGAGCCUGCUGUUUGUGCCACAUCUCUCUCUGCUGCCAUAACGCCUGUCUUGCCACAUGCUGCUGUACUGGACGAACAUACCACUGGUCCUGUGAGGGGAGUUUACAUCAACACACCCAAAGCAGUCGCACGUGAUGCACAUCUUCCUGCCAUGUCCUACGCUGAAGCCUGGGCAAAACCAGAAGCUGUCCCGUUUAUGGUUGCCAUGGCAGCGCAGGAAGCACUAUCACUGUCAGCUUCUCAUGUUAACCCAACGGUGAGUGUACCUGUGCCCAUUGCCACACCUGCAACUGUGGUCAUGCCAGUGCCCGUUGCCACACCAGCAUCAAUGGCUGUGCCAGUGCCCAUGGCUGUACCUCCACCCUUGGCAAUGCCAGCACCCAUGCCUGCUUCUGUUGUUAUUUCCACAUCAGUGCCAGUGCAGUCUAGUGUGUCCCCCAUUGUGCUGAACCCCAGUAGAGAGACAGAAAGUUUCGGUGCCCAGCAUCGUGUUACCUCCCCCUCUGACUUCCUGGAGGACCCCCGUGCCAAACUUCACACGCCACCGCCUAGUUCCACCGCACCCAAAGUCAACAUAUCUGAGAAGGACCCUCUCAAUGUGCCAGAUGCGCACCCACUCAGGCCUCCCAUUCCAUCGCCCUUUGAGUCAGAGACUGAGGAAGACAGAGAGAACACCAGGCUAGUGUCAAUAGAGGAGUUCCUGCGGCCUGUACCUCAGCCACGAAUAAAGGUGUAUGCUGGUGGUCUCAUGGACCCUCCUCCAGACUAUCAUGGAGAGAGUAGUCGAUCUGACCUGUCUGACAUCCUGGAGGAAGAGGAGGAAGAUCUGUACUCUGAGCCCAUCGUUGACCUCUCCUCCAGAUGCUACAGUACAGCUCCAAAAUGCAGGGAGUCACCAGGCAGAGAAGCAUCACUGGCCGAUGUAGGUGCAGCGUGGUGUGGCCCAUGUGAUGUCACUCCGAAAUCGACACGCUCUGAAAUCGGACUGACAAGAGAGUCCAGGGCACCUGGAGAAAAUGAGGUGAGGAUCUUUGUUGCUCUCUUCCCAUAUGACCCGGCAGUGAUGUCACCCAAUCCUGAUGCUGCAGAAGAGGAACUUCCCUUUAAGGAGGGACAGAUUAUUAAGGUUUAUGGGGACAAAGAUGCAGAUGGUUUCUACCAUGGUGAGGCGGGCGGUCGUCAUGGUUACGUGCCGUGUAAUAUGGUUUCAGAGAUCCAGGUGGAUGAUGAGGAGACCAGAGACCAGCUCCUGAUGCAGGGCUUCCUUUCCACUGAGGCGUCGAUGGAAAAGAUAGACGCUCGCUUACAUGCACAGCUUCCGCGCCGCCCCGCUCCACCGCCGAAACCUAGACGCUCCAAGAAAGUGGAGUCCGCAACGGUGUGUGAGGACACGUCUGUCAUUGAUUCCUCCAGUCAAGAUCUCAGCCACUCAGCAGCACCGAUGGGAGCUUCUAGACCACGCAGGAUGGUGGCCAUCUUUGACUAUGACCCGAGGGAGAGUUCCCCAAAUGCAGACAUAGAGGCUGAGCUGACGUUCAGCGCGGGUGACAUCAUCUAUGUGUUUGGUGACAUGGAUGAUGAUGGAUUCUACUAUGGUGACCUGAAUGGACAGAAAGGUCUUGUGCCAUCCAACUUCCUGCAAGCUUUUCCAGAGACAGAGAAGGAAGCUGUAAGGACAGAACACACAGUGACAGAGAGCCGCAGAGAUUCACAGGUGAGCCAGUGUGAUUCUGAUCCCAUGAGCUCCUCUCAACUAGAACCGGUUCCACCAGCCCAAACAGAACCGAACCCUGAACCAGACUCUGAGCAAAAACCAAACCCGAGCACUUCUCCACCCGAGACCCCCACCCUCUCCGACACAUCUCUGUCCGUGCCCGAGAAAAAGAAGAAAGGUUUCUUCUCUAAAGGCAGGAAGCUCUUCAGAAAGCUGGGCUCCAGUAAGAAGGAAUAGAAGCAACAGGCUUGUUACCAUGAAUGAUCUGCAGACUGCACUUUUUCUUAUGUCGGUUUGAGUGUGUGUGUACGUGUGUUUGAUUUGGUCGUAUGCUGGAAUGAUCAGAGAAUGUUUCUUAUUCUCUGAUCUUUGCCAUGAUGAUGCAGAAUCACCAGCGCAUUCUUGUGUCUGACUGUUCGUUCGUAAAAAAGACAAUACUCGUAUAAAUAGGGAAAUGUUUUUUUUUACUAUUUAACCUUGUAAAAGCUGUGACUAGGGCUUAUGCCUGUUGAAAAGAUCGCAUUAGAAAAAACAAAAACCUUGUGAAAAGAUACCAAAUUAACUUGAUUGCGUAUGUAUGCGUAAAUGACACCAAAUUAUGCUAAUUUGGAUUAAAGCAUCCACUACUGGACAUCAUCUGCUAAUAUUCACAUCCAUCUUUCGCUGAAAGGCAAAGCACACUUAUAUGGAGAGAUGUUGACUGUGUACAUAUAUUGGUAGAAUGCUGUCCUGUGGAUGUUUGUUCCAAGAAUUCAUGGAAAAUGAAAUGAAAUCAUUUUUUGUCACUACAAGUAGGGUCCAAGACUGCAAAACUGUGUCCCUUUCAUGUUUUAUUUUGGUAGCAUUAACUGGUUAAGGCGAGACCUCUUGUUUCUUUUCUCAAGACUCAGUGUAGUUUAAACACUUUUACAUUUACUCUAAAAUAGCAGAGAUUUAUAUAUCUUUACUAAAAAUCUGAACUGCAAGGCCAAAAGCUUCUGAUUUGUUUGAUAGUUCAUGGCACUUACAGUUGAAUUUACAUUACUGCAGUUUCAGGCCAUUUCAGGUGUAGUUCAACAGCUUUAAACUUAAAGGAAUAUUCCAGGUUUAAUACAAGUUAAGCUCAAAUGAUUAUUUAAAAAAAAUGAAAAUGUUAAACAAAUGUGUGUUCCAGUGAGACACUUACAAUGGAAGUCAAUGGGGUCAAUCUGUAA